UGUGACUGAAUUUUAUUUGUUUUAAAAGUUUAUAUUUUGUACAGGUAAUCCAAACAAUGGUGUAUGGGUGUAUAAACCUACAACCCUAGAUUGAUGAGGCUGACUCUUGACAGAGGUCAUUUGUUUAAAGGAGUCGGUUAUCCAAUCAGCAACCAGCAUGAGAUAUGCAUUGACCAAUCAGCAUCAAGUAUUGGAUAUUGAAGUGAGCCAGUGAUUAUACUGUAAAGACUUGUGUACACUAGUCAAUAUAACAAAACUGGUAGUGUAUCAUAUAGUAUAUACUGUAGUGUUUUAUCUUUUGCUGACUAUUUACAUUUAUAGUUUAGGUGUGUAACAAACAGAUCUCGAUAUUAUUGUAUACAGUCAAUUGUGUGACAAAUUUAAUACGGGCUGAGGGAAAAAAAAACGAAUGAAAUUUUAAAGUUUUUGUGUUUCGCAGUUUUUAAGCCUGUUACAAAAUUCUUCAGUUGGAUAGUGUUAAUAGUUUGUUGGAAAUUUGAGAACGGAUAUAGUUUUACGACUAAGUGAUUGUCACAGGCAAGUGUAGAUUACGCUAGUAGAAGGCCUAAGGCAGGUAUAUUACUUUACGGAGAUAAUUUGUGAUAGAUAUAUGACCAGAUAACAUUGUCGUGUGUUAUUCUGACGGAAUAUUAAACUUUGAUAAUCACCCGAUGCAUUUUUGAUACCCCCCUUUACUCAUUAAUAUAUUUAUUUCUAUGGUGCAACCGAGCCGUGGAAUCUAUUGCACAGGUGGAAUAUUUUGAAAAGAAAAUUAUAAAUUUUUAAAAAGGAAAAUAUCAGACUUUUCAAGUUGGUGAACCAUUGGAUAGUAGAAGGAUUGGAAAUAAUAACCUAUUGUUUAGUGUCAUCAAUAUUUUUGUUUCACGGAUUUCUUAAUUGUAGUGAAACGCUUGCCACAGAGGAACUUUUUGGAAUUACGUGUGAAAAAUAUUGCGGAUUUUAAUCUAUAAACUGCGACUGAAGUGAUAGACGCUGAUUGGAUAUCGGCUUUUCUGUUGACAAGUGCUUUAAAAAAGUGUUUAAACUGAUGUAAAGAUUUGGGAAGAUUUCAAACGCGGGAUUAUAACAUAUUUACAGAUUGGGAGUUACUAUGUAAAAUGAGCAAACAAGCCCCAGUUUAAAGCUAUGGGGCAGAGGAAUAACAAACUGGAAGUGUUCGUUUUCAUUCUGCUAACCUCUUUAUACAUCAACCAAGUUGAUGCCAACCCAGAGCCUGCCUCACCUGUACAGGGUCACUCUUCCAGUAACAAGCAUGAAUCACCACAAAUCAUUGAAGGACCACAAGAUGAGUUUUUUGCCAGGAACCUGCCAGGAAGUCUGAAUUGUCAUGCCACAGGAAAUCCACCACCAACAAUCACAUGGUACCAGGACGGGAAGGAAGUAGAGUUUGACAAGGAUCAUUACAGGAUGAUGUUGCCGGCUUCUGGUCAACUAUUUUUCCUCCGCUUUAUUUACACGAAGAAUCAAACUCAUGUUGGAACAUACCACUGUAAAGCUAAGAACAUGUUUGGCGAGGCGGUCAGUAGAAGUGCCACUGUUAAAGUUUCAGUGAUCAAAGACGACUUCCGACAAGAACCAGUAGACACAACACGAUCUAUACACUCUACUGUAACCCUGCACUGUAGACCUCCAAGAGGGGAACCAGAUCCUACAAUCUCAUGGCAACACAACGACCGACCUGUACAAUUAGGAGACAGAAUCACGCAACACAAGGACGGAGAUCUGACAAUUACCACACUGACAACACAGGACAGCGGGGAAUAUGUAUGUUUGGCAACUAACACGGCCGGAGUACGACAGAGCUCACCAGCGCAGCUUAAAGUUCUAGAAGUUCCAGAAAUAACCGGUUAUCCGGAGGGUGUAGUGGCAGAAGAAGGUGCUACGAUAGAAUUUCACUGUGAGGUACUUGGUGAGGCUGAUAUAACAUGGAAUAAAGAGGGCAGUACGGUCAAACAGCAGAACUGGCAUCAGUUACCAGACAACACACUACGUAUAGAGAAUGUCAAGGCAGACGAUGAGGGAGAAUACAUCUGUACCGCAAGAAACACAGCCGGUGCCGUAAAGGCAGCCGCCACUCUAAAAAUAGAAUACACACCACGAUUUUUAGUGAGACCUCAUAAUCAGGUGGUAGCAGUGGGUCGUACCAUUUCUCUACAUUGUUCGGCAGCCGGCUACCCUCAGCCAACCAUAUAUUGGGAGACCAAAGCCCAGGAUGUUCUCAUGUUUGUCAAAUACAGAGAGGGAAGAUUCUCCGUGUCCGAGGAUGGUACGUUAAGAAUCGAGCGAAUACAAAAAUCUGACCAGGGCUCUUAUUCUUGCAUUGCUUAUAGUUCCAAAGGAAAAGCCCAGGCUUCUGUUGAUAUCAGUGUUCGAGAGGAGAAUGACGUUAUUUUUCCAGACAAUGACCUUCGGCCUCCGCCGAUCAUCAGGUUCGGACCAAUCAACCAGACUUUGGAAGAAGAUGCUGUAGCUCUGUUACGUUGCCAGGCAACCGGAGAUCCAAAGCCAAUCAUCCGCUGGUACAAGAAUGGUCGCUCACUGGACAAGAAGGAUGCUCGCUAUUUGUUGCUUGAUUCAGGAACCUUGCAAAUUUCAAGUUUGAAAAUUUCUGACUCAGGCAAUUACAUGUGCAAGGCUGGUAGUGAAACAGGGGAAACAACUAUGUCAGCAAAAUUGAUUGUUGAAUCUGAGGGGAGGAGUUUUAUAAAAACUCCGCCAGAUCUUACGGAGUUCCCGGCAGCCCCUGAGAAGCCUAUUGUUAGUGAUGUUACAGACACAAGUAUCAGGUUGACAUGGGAACUGAUCAGAAACACAGGGGCAUCACCUGUUGAGUCAUACCAAGUAGAGUACUUUGCUUACGGUCUGUCAGAGUCGUGGAAGAAUGCCGGGGACAAGUAUACUGAAACUGAUGUAAUCAUACAAGGAUUGGUUCCCAACACAACUUACAUAUUCCUUGUGAGAGCAAUAAACAGCCAUGGAAAAGGGGGACCCAGCCCACUGUCUGAGAUUAUUCGAACACUUGACAAAGGACAUGAUAUGGUACCAAAGGUAAACCUUCCUGUGGAUGAAAUUAAAAAUAGGUUACGGGAUAUUCAAGUCUCCUUGCUACGUGGUGGAGCUGUUAACUCCAGUGCUAUCAGAAUUAGUUGGAUGGUGAACAAUGAGAACAAGGUUGUUACAGGAUUUGUGGUCCAGUACAGGCACAUCCUGAACAUGGGUGACCGAUUUGACCAUCGAUACGGUCAAACUGUGAUCAAACGUGUCCCAUAUAGACCUUUGUCACAUAUCAUUACUGGGCUAGAGAGUUAUGAAUAUUAUGAAAUAUGUGUAAUGGCAGCCAGUGACACUCUGACAUCACCAUGUAGUAAACCAAUGAAAAUACAGUCUGGUGAAUCAGUUCCAACACGACCACCAAAGGAUACUGUUAUACAGAGAAUAAGUGACUCGGAAGUUAUAGUGAAAUGGUCUGCACCCGAUAUAGAGCACCGGAAAGGGGAAAUCAUUGGUUAUCAGAUCAAGUGCAGGAGCGAAGAUGGUGUACACAACUGUAGUAAACACACAAAUGGUUCCACUUAUGAAAUAAAAAUAGAAGGACUGGUUCCCGGUGUAAACUAUAAUAUUGAGAUAGCAGCACAAACACAGAAAGGCGUCGGAAAAUUUAGUUCUGCUCUAACUGUUGGGCCUGAUGAUAAUCAAAUCACAAAGAAGGCAUGGUUUAUUGGUAUGAUAGGAGCAUUGGGUGGUAUCCUGUGGCUAGGAUUGUGUAUAUUUACUGUAUGGUUAUGUAAGAGUAGAAAAAGGAGGAAAAAGUUGAAGGAGCAAUGGUAUACUGGUGGUCCCAGAACAAGUGACAAAUCCCAGGACAGGAAUGGAAGUGUUGUUAGGAAAGGCUAUGGUGUUAAAGAUGGCAACUUUCAGGAUACUAAUGAUGGCAAUUUACCGCCGGAGUACAACACGUUAUUACAGCAGUCACAACAUGAGAGUAGUGAUAACCAGUCGGAUACGAUGUAUAACAUGGCUAACCAUCCUGAAAUGAAGACGUUCUAUCAGCAGUCCGGUCCUGUGACCCCUUAUGCCACUACGGCACUGCUGCAGGCACAGGCUCAAGCACAAAACUCAAGAAAAAUGUCUGGUGAGCAGUUGUUUCGUCCAAUUAACCCAAAUUGUAAACAGUAUAGUGGUGGUUCUGGGGACUCUGCCACUGACAGAUCUAUCACUACAGAUGAGAAUGGUAUGCUGAUAAAGCAGCUAAGGAAGCCAGGCUAUAGACCAGGAAUGCCACCACAGAACCAGCCUAUAGUUAACUGGAACGAUGUCCUGCCUCCACCACCAAAUCACCCUCCUAGUGAUGGAGAGUAUUUGCAAGACGAUCAGCUAUAUUCGGAGAUACCAGAAGACCGAGCCAGAAGUCCACUAUCACCUGUCUCGUUGGCACAGAUGUCAGCUUGCUCAUGUCCAGUGUCGCAUCCUCACCAAAUGCAAAAUUUUAGCCCCGGGGCUUAUUCUGAUAACUGUAACAGGUGUAUGUCAUUAAGAAACUUUGAAAAUAGGCCCUACUCUCCGCAACAACUUGCCCAGAUGCAGAGACAGCAUGUGUUACCCCCAAAUAUUUCAAGAACCCUAGGUGCCCCUCCCCGAGGAGGUACACAAAGAGGAGGGACACCGGUUUAUCUUCAUGGAUAUUCACAGCCGUGGGAUUCUCAGCCCCUUCCAAGAGGACCGUACGAGUAUGACUAUGCCCAAGUACCGAGGGAGGACGGUUAUAAUUACACCCAACCUAUCCAGGAUGGUUUAAUUGAUAGAAAUAUUGAUCCUAAUGACUCUUCUGUUAUACCCUAUCACGGGCCUCCAAGAGACUUUUCAAAUAUCCCUGGUGGGCCUCCAGGGAAUUAUUGUGAAGGGCCGUGUAGGGGUCAAAUGAAUAAUUUAAAUGCUAGUUACCAUAGAAAUAGAGGUGAUAAUACACAAGCUCCCUAUUUGGAAGGUUAUAAGAUUGAUUCACCACCUUCAAGUUCUAGUGAAUAUCGUGUGUGUAAUAGUGGAGGAAGUUCAGCGGGUUCAGCUAAGUCUAGAGGUGGAAUGAAGGGACGGUCGUCCUCGGAGGGGAACGACUUGAAGGACAAACAGUAUCAUGUUGGUCCUGAAACACAGUGCAGACCUUUGAUGUACCAUUCAAGGUCAGAGAAUUCACCUCCUGGACAUUGUAUGAUAGAUGAGGGGUACUCGAGGAAUGCUGAUUCACCAAUAUCAGAGGAUCCUGAUUAUGCUGAGGAGAUAGAUAAUGAUGUAGACAGAAAUAAUGAGAGAGAUUCCAUGGUAGCUAACUGGGAGAGCCAGGAGGACUGCAGUGAACUACAUUCCAGUUCCAGUAACGUAUCAGAGGAAGGUGACAACCAGUUCCUGAACGAGGAAGACUUUGCUAGUGCUGUUGCUAGAGCAGCAGAGUUGUCUGGCCUAACUGUAGUGGGUACCACGGUCAGUGACCCAAAUCCCAAACAACAAGGGAAGAAAACAAAGCGGCAUCAUCGGCAAGCUCGGCCUAUAAGUCCUGGGUACAGUACCGACAGUAAUUACGGUACAGCUGACAUACCACAUAAACCGUAUCCCAAGUCACAGCGUCGGAAACAGCUCGCUGAACAGGGUAAACUGAAAAAGAAGGGAGAUAACACUAGCAACAAGGAUGAUAGUUCUAACACGGUAGACACAACUAAUGAAAUUCCCUCCCCUGAUACUAAAAAUGGGUCAGAAAAACACGGGUAUAUCAACCCCUUACCAUCCAGCCCUGCCAAAUCAGAAGUUCCCUCCCUUUACAGAAGCCACAGAUCACCAGGGGGAGGCACUGGACAAGAAGUUCAACAAAAUUCUGGGAAUACUGGAAACAAACUAGGAAUGUUUAACUUUGGAGAUGAUAUUCCAGUUGUCUGAUAUAGGGAGAGUGUUUAGAGAUGAGGAGAAAAUACUCAAUAGUUAUUUCACCAGAAGAGAUUUAAAACUCAUUUCCUGUUGGGAAUUAUGGGUUGAAAUAAAGGGAGACAACCAGACUGACUUUCCAUGGAAGAUUAUUGGAAAAUGAGUUGUUCAGCUUUUCCCAGAGAUGAGAAAAAAAUCCCAUACCAUUUGAGUAGCAACAUGUGUAGCAGACGACAUAUUUGAAAACUAUGCUGAGACUUUAUAUGUCAGUGUGUAAAUGGUCCAACUGGUUUAUACAGAUAAAAUGGCAUAAUUUUGUGUAGAAAAUUUUGAAAUAUUAGUUGUAAACCAAAGAGUAUAGUAUUGAAUGUACUAAAUUAUUUAUUUCAUGGUCGAUUGAGUAGAAAUCCUGCCAUAUACCAAAAAAAAUAAAGACUUGUAAUAUAUAUGAGUAUUAUAUGAUAUAAUGUCAAAUUGAAAUCCUGUGUAGAUGUGAAAUAUGGGUCAGUGUGCUCUAUACAAGGUUGUGUUAAAGAAUCGUAACUUUAGCCAAGAACUUUAGCUAAGUACUUUAACAGAGUACUUACGAACUUUAGAACAUUACGGGUUACACAUUUCUCUGUUACUCCAUUACAGGCGGUAGAAUUUGCCCGUCUGCAAGUUAUUUGUAUGUGACUUGUCUGCAAGUAAUGUGUAAAUUGUGUGCUUGCAAGUAAUGUGUAAGUUACUUGUCUGCAAGUUAUAUAAACGUUUUGUGAAAGAUAAAAGAGGAAAUUAGAAUUUUUGUGGCAUAGAAUAAACGUUAGAUGCUUGGGAGGCAUAUGGGGCUCAGUUAUAGUUUCUUGACACAAAGUUAGCAGAGCCCACUUGCUGAAGAUGGCAGGUUUUUGAUAUGAAAAGUGAAAGCAGAAGUAAUAGUAUGGAGCAUGUAUUCAACAUGUUGAUUGAUGUGUGCCGGAAAAGAAAAUAACCAUGGAUAACUGUGAUACUGGAGUGGUUGCAGAGCAGCCAUUUUAUAUAAUGUACAUGUAUGUAAAAAGGAAACUUUAUAAAAUGUUUGUGUUCUAUAGAAGACUGAUAAAUGUGCUAAAUUUGCUAAGUUUAUGAUUUUAUGUAAAGUUUUUGAUCUAUGUUGAGUCAAAAUAUUGUAUUUGACUUUUUUUUGUAUUUUGGCUAUAUUCAGCAUUGCUUACUGUAGUCGGCUAUAACUCUGUACUUGUAGAUAUAUGUACCUCAGUGCGAGGCUAAUAUUUCUGAUGAUUUAUAUAAUAUAUACAUGUACAUGCAGUAACACCAGUCUCAACUGGGUCUAACUUACAGUCUAAGCUUUGUUUUCUGUUAUUCUGUCUGUUUAAAGCCAGCAUUUGAAAUGUCUGCUAGGAAAAUGUGAUAGUUUUUGUCACAUAUAUAAGUUCUCUUUUGUUAGUUUGAAUGAAAAAUUUCAUUGAAAACAAGAGAGGAAAGAAUUAAUCUGACAGAAAGCAAAAUUUUAAUUUGUAACAUUUUUAAGAAGCAGUAGAAAUUUUUUUUACUAUGUUUUGAUGGUGGGUGUCAAUCAAGUUACAUUUCAAAUUUAAUUUUAUAACUAUAGAUUCUUUCAUAUGAAUUAGCUAUCCAGCUAGAUGAUGGAAGGUGGCACCUGGGGUCUCCCUCCACCAGUUAAGCUAGAAAGUCACCAUAUUAUAUUUACAGUGUGGGUAUGACUGAAAAAAAAUCCAAUAUCGAAAUUAUGUUCUGUAAUUUAUAUUCUGUUAUUUCAUCAGUGUAAGAGUUACUGCCAUCCAUAGUACAUCUAGCUAUGAAAUUUCUUCAUCUUUUUAAAGUUUGUUCCACCCUGAACUUCUUUAAUUCUUCUGCUGAGCUUAUUUUUUUAAACAAAUUUAAAAAAUGCUGCUGAUUCAAAUUAUUUUAAAUAGCAUUAUUUUGUUACAUACCAUUAUUAUGUAUUGUAUAUGUCCAUGUACAUAAAAAAUCUCAUUAUUAAGAAUUUUUUAGAUUAAACUAAUGGAUUGAAUUUCAUAUUUAAAUGUAAUAAUUAUCAUUUUAUAAAUACUUCAUUUUUAUACACCAUUGAUAAACUAGGAUUUUAUACCAUUGAGAUGUUAUGGUUGAACACCAUUGUAAAGCAAGGGUUUUACAUAAUAGAUAUAGCUAGGAUUUAAACCAGUGUGAAAACUAGGAUUUUUAUACCAUUGUGAAAGCUAGGGUUUUUAUACCAUUGUGAAGUUAGUUGUGAAAGAUUUGUAUACAGAUCCCUAAAUUAAAUAGGUACUAACCAUAUGUUAGUUCUGCUCAGUUUUUGUUUGAUUCAUCUUUAGGUACAGAUAGUCAAAUGUGUAUUAUGUCCGUAAAUAAGAUAUAUUUUUAAUGUACUAUAGAAUGAAAAAUAUGUUACAAACCUUUAUUAUAUAAAAGUAUGAUGCUCUUAUAAAUUUUUAUUUAGUGAAGGGAUUCGAAAUUUAUUCUCAAUUUUUGUUUUCGUAUUUUAGCGGGGACUUCUAGCUUUUUCUUUGACAAAAAUGUUAUUUUAAACAUAUCUAGAUAUCUAGUUAAGUGUAGCAGUCAGUGUCGUUUUAUUUGUAAGCUCUGUUUUAAUGUGAAUAUUAUGUCAAGAAAACCAAA